AUGUCUCUACUUAGGCUGAACAUCUUGACCCCCAAAGUUUGUGAAGCCAAUGCUACCAAAGGUGUCGCAGGCAUCGGGCAGGUCCCAACAAUAGUCCAAGAUACUUCUUCCGCGAUUAACAACCUAUCAUCUGUUUGUGAUGCAAUCAACAUGUUCUCUGCAUUGCCUCAACCCUUGAAGGCAUUCAACUCCAUCACCGAUAAAAUUGCCAAUUUCCAUCCCUACGCGAAGGUAGUACCGAGUAUCUUCACUCGCGCAUCCAAGAUGAUUCUCGAUAAGGCAAACUGGGACCUCAUUGUCUCUAGUUUUCACUCUGAAGUCCAUACUUUCAUCACGGAAGAGGCGGAAUUGGCCAAGAUUCAAUCCAUGCUAGCGAUAUAUGCGAAGAUAGCACAGCAGAGGCUGGAGUGUACUGAUUUCAUGAGUCAUCACUCUGAGACGAAGAACACCUGUGAGGAUAGAUUUGGCAAGCACAUUUUCGACGAAAUGCAUGGAACGAUUAAGAGCUGCAGCACGGCUCGUGACACCAUUGCGAUCGUCCAUGAUAUAGAUUUCUUGAGGAGUGAUGAUUUGGAGCAUAAAUCAACAUCCAUGAACUUGAAGUGGAAGACCACAUGA